AUGACUUUUAUAUCGAUGAUAAAAACGGUAAUGUCACCUGUAGCUGGUAUUAUCGUCGACACAUUCCGGGUGAAAAGAACGUCAAAUUUCACGAUGCCCUUAUUGCUGAUUGUGAUUUCAAUUGUCUUCAUGUUUGUACCAAAAGUGCCUUUGGAGACAGGUGUGGAAAUGAAAUGCGAAUCUGAAAUUAUUUUCAUUGUUCAUACCGAUACCGUUCAACAAAGUACACACAACACAUCGAUGUUUAAUGAUGAGAACAAUGAUGAAUUGAUCACAUGCAAGCUGACUUGUCAAAAUAAGAAGUCAUGUGACCAUACAAUAAAUAAAUCGAACAAUCAAUCAGAAUUCAGUGAUUAUUGGAUGAAAACCACCAAUAAUGAUAUCGAAAAUAUAAACGAUCGUAGUCGGAUUGAUGUUACAUUAAAAUUGAAAGAUAUGGAACAAACGGAAAGUUCGUAUGUUUUCCACUUGUUGUCCGUAAAAAUAAACGGUACAGACAUUCCUCUAACAUGCCAAUGCCGUUUGAAAACAUUUUGCCACAUCUCAUGUUCUAAUGAAGACAUCAUGCGUAUAGCUACUGUGCCGACAUACAGAGGAAACGUUCUUAAUUUGUAUCAAUUUUGGAUUUUUUUCAUAACGGUGACUGCGUUGUGGUCUUGCAUAGCUAUAACGAUGACCUUACAAGGCUCACUAUGUCUCGAUCUUUUAGAAGACAAAUCUGAGGAUAUUGGAAAACAAAUAUGUUGGGCAUCAUUUGGUUGGGGCAGUUUUUCCAUAUUCAUGGGAUGGCUUGUGGAUUGGUUCAGCAUUAAUAAAAAGGAAAAAGAAUAUUCACCAGUUUUUUACUCGUGUAUUUUAUUCUCAAUUUGUAAUUUAUUUGUCAUAAACAAACUUAAAGUAAUCGAAACGAAAAAAACCGAAGGAAAAUGGAAGAGUAUAUGUGGACUGUUUACUAAACAUUAUGUGGUUUUAUUUUAUAUAUGGGUAAUAUCAAUCACAUUUCUCCAUACAAUUAUUACACAUUUUCUAUUCUGGUGA